AAGCGCGAGGGCGGCCCAGCUCCCCCCACGUGUCCACCGGAGUUUCUCCACCAGCAACAUGGCCGCUGCCUGACCCGAGAGCCCGGCCGCCGCCGCCUCUGCAGCCCGCGGAUACCUGGGCGGUUGCCGCCGUCCGCGCGCGGCCCCGGCGGAGAGAUCGAGUCCAAGGACUGCACAGCUGGCUCUCCCCUAGUAUGGCCAAUGAAGAGGAUGACCCAGUUGUUCAAGAGAUCGACGUGUACUUGGCCAAAAGUCUGGCAGAGAAGCUCUAUCUGUUUCAGUACCCUGUGCGUCCAGCCUCGAUGACUUAUGAUGACAUUCCACAUCUCUCAGCCAAGAUCAAGCCCAAGCAGCAAAAGGUAGAGCUUGAGAUGGCCAUCGACACCCUGAAUCCCAACUAUUGCCGCAGCAAAGGGGAGCAGAUUGCUCUGAAUGUGGAUGGUGCCUGUGCCGACGAGACCAGCACGUACUCCUCGAAACUGAUGGACAAGCAGACCUUCUGCUCCUCCCAGACCACCAGUAACACAUCCCGCUAUGCAGCUGCGCUCUACAGGCAAGGUGAGCUCCACCUGACCCCUUUACAUGGCAUCCUACAGCUGCGGCCCAGCUUUUCCUACCUGGAUAAGGCAGACGCCAAGCACCGCGAGAGGGAGGCAGCCAAUGAGGCUGGGGACUCUUCACAGGAUGAGGCAGAAGAAGAUGUUAAGCAGAUCACGGUGCGAUUCUCCCGGCCGGAGUCCGAGCAGGCCCGCCAGCGCCGAGUCCAGUCCUACGAGUUCCUGCAGAAGAAGCACGCAGAGGAGCCCUGGGUCCACCUGCACUACCAUGGCCUGAGGGACAGCCGCUCGGAGCACGAGCGCCAGUACCUGCUGUGCCAGGGCUCCAGCGGGGUGGAGAACACGGAGCUCGUCAAGUCACCCAGCGAAUACCUCAUGAUGCUGAUGCCACCCAGCCAGGAGGAGGAGAAAGACAAGCCUGUGGCCCCCAGCAAUGUCCUGUCCAUGGCCCAGCUACGCACACUGCCCCUGGCCGACCAAAUCAAGAUCUUGAUGAAGAACGUGAAGGUCAUGCCUUUUGCCAACUUGAUGAGUCUCCUUGGCCCCUCUGUGGAUUCUGUGGCUGUUCUGCGUGGCAUCCAGAAGGUGGCGAUGUUAGUCCAAGGAAACUGGGUGGUGAAGAGUGACAUCCUGUAUCCCAAGGACUCAUCAAGCCCCCACAGUGGCGUGCCAGCCGAGGUGCUCUGUAGAGGCCGAGACUUUGUUAUGUGGAAGUUCACACAGAGCCGUUGGGUGGUAAGGAAAGAGGUGGCAGCAGUGACCAAACUCUGUGCCGAGGAUGUGAAGGACUUUCUGGAACACAUGGCUGUAGUGAGGAUCAACAAAGGCUGGGAGUUCAUUCUGCCCUGCGAUGGGGAGUUCAUCAAGAAGCACCCGGAUGUGGUUCAGCGGCAGCACAUGCUGUGGACAGGCAUCCAGGCUAAAUUAGAAAAAGUCUAUAAUCUUGUAAAGGAAACCAUGCCAAAGAAGCCAGAUGGACAAUCAGGACCUGCAGGGCUGGUCUCUGGGGACCAGCGGGUCCAAGUUGCCAAAACCAAGGCGCAGCAGAACCACGCCUUCCUGGAGCGGGAGCUGCAGCGGCGGAAGGAGCAGAUGCGGGCAUCCACGGUUCUGCCUGGUGUACAGAUUAAGGAGGAGCCCCUGAGCGAGGAAGGAGAGGAGGAGGACGAGCAGGAAGCAGAAGACGAGGAGGAACCCAUGGACACUUCACCCAGUGGCGGCCUCAACAGUAGGCUGGCCAACGGAUUGCCUGCUGGGCGGGCAGCAGGCGGGGACAGCUUUAAUGGGCACCCACUCCCAGGCUGUGCUGGUACCCCUGUGGCCCAGGAACUGAGGGCCUUUGUGGAGGCCACUUUUCAGAGACAGUUUGUGCUCACGCUGAGUGAACUCAAGCGCCUCUUCAACCUGCACCUGGCCAGCCUGCCCCCGGGCCACACACUCUUCAGUGGCAUCUCAGACCGCAUGCUGCAGGACACGGUGCUGGCCGCUGGCUGCAAGCAGAUACUGGUGCCUUUUCCCCCACAGACUGCUGCUUCCCCGGAUGAGCAGAAGGUGUUUGCCCUCUGGGAGUCUGGAGACAUGAGUGAUCAGCAUCGACAGGUUUUGCUUGAAAUUUUUUCCAAAAACUACCGGGUACGCCGGAACAUGAUCCAAUCUCGGUUGACUCAGGAGUGUGGAGAAGAUCUAAGCAAACAGGAGGUGGAUAAAGUGCUAAAGGACUGCUGUGUAAGCUAUGGUGGCAUGUGGUACCUUAAAGGGACAGUACAGUCUUGACAAUAGUAGGAAACCACUGACCCAACAAAUCCAAGGAUGGAUGGCAGAGGUGGAAGUAAAGCCUCGACUUGCUUCAGAAGAUGCAGAGCAAGAGGAACUGCCCAUCUCAUGCCUAUGGCACUACGUGGUCCAGUGGACAGAGGGUAUGGUCAGGUUAAAUGAGCGCUCCCAGCAGAGACCCGCCGGAUGGACCUUUUUUGCAGUACAGUUUGAAAUUCCUGAUGUAUUUUACUUCAUUCUCAUAAUAAAGAGAGUGUAAUACUGACAUGGGCAGGAUGAUGAAAAUCAUGGUUUAUAUUCUCCUUUUUAAACUUAAUGCCAACAAAGUCAAAGUUAUGUUUACAAGAUGAAGAAAACCUCAAGGUUUAUAAUAAUUAAAAUGCCUAGAGGCCAAUAUUUAGUCUUAGGUUAUCUAUCUGCUAAGACUUCUGCCAAUUUCAUUAAACCAAACUGAAUUGUUUUACUCUUGGAUUUCUGUGGCCACUGUACCUUUACAAUAACCUACUUUAUGUAGCAGUCUCAACUGUUUACACAAACCACAGCAAAAAUUAGAAUCAAAUCCAUCUACUCUGAAGGUUUGCAUUUUUUUAUGCAAACCAAACCAGGUAAGUAUGAAAUGAUGUAUAAGUGAGGUUAUCACACUUUAAUGUAAAAGAUUUAUAUUUUGUGUAUUUUUAAAAUAAAUGCUAACACUAAACUGG